GUCAGUGUCCUGUGGUGCGUCCGUCGGCAGCUAUUCUCACUGGAAUCUACAGCUUCAGCGGGAGGAGAGAAGAUGUCACAGAGCCGAGUGACGAUAGAUAUCGGCCACAAUGGAGCCUCAAAACAGCAGUCCGCAGGUUUGGGCGCCACCGUUAGCUUUCACAACAUCGACUACAAAGUGAGACAGGGAGGAAGCUGUCUGUGUCGGAAGAAGGGAACGCCCAAACACAUCCUCGUCGACCUCAAUGGGAUCAUGAAGCCGGGUCUGAACGCCAUCAUGGGAGCGACGGGAAGCGGAAAGUCAUCGUUUCUGGAUGUUUUGGCGGCCAGAAAGGACCCUGCAGGUCUGUCGGGAGAGGUUUUGAUCGACGGAGCCCCGCAGCCUCCAAACUUUAAGUGUCUGUCUGGAUACGUGGUGCAGGAUGACGUGGUGAUGGGAACUCUGACGGUCAGAGAGAACCUGACCUUCUCCGCAGCGCUGCGACUCCCCACGGCCAUCUCUCAGGAGGAGAAGAAACAGAAAGUCGAAAAACUGAUCCAGGAGCUGGGACUGGGCCGAGUGGCCGACUCCAAGGUGGGCACUCAGCUGAUUCGUGGGAUCUCCGGCGGUGAAAGGAAGAGGACGAACAUCGGCAUGGAGCUGAUCAUCGACCCAUCUGUCCUCUUCCUGGAUGAACCGACCACCGGCCUCGACGCCAGCACCGCCAACUCUGUGCUGCUGCUGCUCAAGAAGAUGGGGAACAACGGUCGCACCAUCAUCCUCUCCAUCCACCAGCCGCGCUACUCCAUCUACCGGCUGUUUGACAGCCUCACCCUGCUCGUCAACGGCAAACAGGUUUACCACGGCCCGGCUCAGACUGCACUGGAUUAUUUCUCAGACAUCGGAUACACCUGUGAGCCGCACAACAACCCUGCUGACUUCUUCCUGGACGUUAUUAACGGAGACUCAACCGCCGUCGCCCUCAAUAGCAUUGACAAAGAAGAUCCAGAUUCAGACUUGGCGUCAAAGUCCAAACGGGGGAUUGAGGACAAACUCGUAGAGGAAUAUAGAAACUGCCAAUACUUCAGACAGACCAAAGCAGAGCUGGAAAAGAUCGUUCAGGGUAAGCCAAGGAUCACCAUUCGUCGCUCCAGAACCAUCACCUACAACACGGGCUUCCUGACCCAGUUCAGAUGGGUUCUCAAGAGGACAUUUCGCAACCUCAUGCUCAACCCUCAGACCUCCUUCGCUCAGAUAGCAGUAACUUUGUUCCUCGCUCUGGUCGUAGGAGCCAUUUUCUUUGAUGUUAAGGACGAUCAAAGUGGAAUACAGAACAGGAUGGGCGCUCUCUUCUUCAUCACUGUGAAUCAGUGUUUCAGCUCUCUCUCGGCUGCCGAACUCUUCAUCUCGGAGCGGAAACUCUUCAUUCACGAGUACAUCAGCGGUUACUACAGGGUGUCUGUGUACUUCCUGUCUAAGAUCCUGUCUGACAUCAUCACGCUGAGGACCAUCCCCGCCAUGCUCUUCACCUGCGUGGCGUACUUCAUGAUCGGCUUCAAGGCGACAGCUGAAGCCUUCUUCAUCUUCAUGUUCAGCGUGAUUAUGGUCGCCUACACCGCCACCGCCAUGGCUCUGGCCAUCUCCGCUGACCAGACGGUGGUGGCCAUCGCCAACAUCUUCAUGACCAUCGCCUGCGUCUUCAUGAUGAUCUUUGCAGGUUUACUCGUGAAUCUUCCCUCCAUCGUCAGCUGGCUCGCUUGGUUGAAAUACUUCAGUAUACCACGAUAUGCCCUCAGCGCUCUGCAGAUUAACGAGUUCACUGGACUGUACUUCUGUCGCGGGUUUAACAGCAGCGUCAAACCACCUCAACUCACUUGUACGGGGGAGGAGUUUCUGGAGGUCCAGGGUGUCGAUCCCUCCACCUGGGGCCUCUGGCAGAACCACCUGGCUCUCGGCGUCAUGACCAUCUGCUUCCUCAUCAUCGCUUACCUCAAACUGCGCUUUAUCAGGAAGUUCACCUAG